UAACUGAGCGGAGCUAGGCGGUUUGCACUGAAACCGACAGUCCAAACUUCCAUCAGCACUAACGAGCAGAAUUAAAGCUCUGUCCCUACAGACGACUCGGUCAAAAUGCCUCAAACCAACAAGUCGGUGAGUGCUGGUGGAGCUCCGGGUCAGGUGUCGGCUCCGGACCAGGGAGAGCCGCCGCCGCCGCCACAGGACGUCAGGACUCAGGUGGCUGCUGGAGAUGGAAGUGGAGGAGGAGGAGGAGGAGGAGGAGGAGCUGCAGCAGCAGCAGAAGGUCCUGGAGACCCCGAGAUCACCAGAUCACCCAGUGACCCCAAGAAAUACAGAUACAUCGAGCUGGGUAACGGCCUCCGGGCGCUCCUCAUCUCAGACUUCAGCGGAGCCGACGGGAAGGGAGGCUGCGAGAACGGAGAGGAGAAGGAGACGGAGGACGGGGAGCAGCAGGAGGAGGAGGGGGAGCAGGAGGAGGAGGAAGGAGACUCUGGUGAAGGCUCUGAGGAGGACGAGGAGGAGAACGAAGAGGAGGAGCAGGACAGCGACUUCGAUGAGCUGGACGAGGAGAACGCAGCCAAGAAGAAGAGAGGGAGCUCCGAGAAACAGGCAGCAGCUGCUCUGUGCAUCAGUGUCGGGAGCUUCAGCGACCCGGACGACCUGCCGGGCCUCGCCCACUUCCUGGAGCACAUGGUGUUUAUGGGCAGUGAGAAAUAUCCGGCGGAGAACGGCUUCGACGCAUUCCUGAAGAAACACGGCGGCAGCGACAACGCCUCCACCGACUGCGAGAGAACCAUCUUCCAGUUCGACGUGCAGAGGAAAUACUUCAGAGAGGCGCUCGACAGGUGGGCUCAGUUCUUCAUCUGUCCUCUGAUGAUCGAAGACGCCAUCGACAGAGAGGUGGAGGCUGUGGACAGUGAGUACCAGCUGGCGAGGCCGUCUGACUCCCAUCGGAAGGAGAUGCUGUUUGGGAGUUUGGCUAAACCAGGACACCCCAUGGGCAAGUUCUGCUGGGGUAACGCUCAGACUCUGAAGCAGGAGCCCAGAGAGAAGCAGAUCAACACGUAUCAGAGACUCAGAGACUUCUGGAGGAGAUAUUACUCUGCUCACUACAUGACGCUGGCCGUCCAGUCCAAAGAGACUCUGGACACUCUGGAGCAGUGGGUGAGAGAGAUCUUCAUCAAAGUUCCCAACAACGGUGAACCUCGAGCCGACUUCUCUGAUCUCCUGCAGCCGUUCGACACUCCGGCCUUCAACAAACUCUACAGAGUGGUUCCUGUGAGGAAGGUUCAUGCUCUGACCAUCAGCUGGGCCGUCCCUCCUCAGGGGAAACACUACAGAGUGAAACCUCUCCACUACAUCUCGUGGCUGAUCGGACACGAAGGAACCGGCAGCAUCCUGUCACUGCUGCGCAAGAAGUGCUGGGCUCUGGCUCUGUUUGGAGGAAACAGUGAAACAGGUUUCGACCAGAACACCACCUACUCCAUCUUCUCCAUCUCCAUCACCCUCACAGACCAGGGCUACCACAACUUCUACCAGGUUGUUCAUUUUGUGUUCCAGUACCUGAAGAUGCUGCAGAGUCUCGGUCCUCAGCAGAGGAUCUACGAGGAAAUUCAGAAGAUCGAAGCCAACGAGUUCCACUAUCAGGAACAGACGGAUCCCAUCGAGUUCGUGGAGAACAUCUGUGAGAACAUGCAGCUGUUCCCUAAAGAAGACUUCCUGACCGGAGACCAGCUCAUGUUCGAGUUCGACCCGCAGGUGAUCAGCUGUGCUCUGGCUCCUCUGACUCCUGAUCGAGCCAAUCUGCUGCUUUUGUCUCCGGAGAACGAAGGACGAUGUCCUCUCAGAGAGAAGUGGUUCGGAACCUGCUACAGCAUGGAGGACAUCCCAGAGGAGUGGAGUCAGCGCUGGACCGGAGACUUUGAGCUCAACACUGAGCUCCACCUUCCUGCUGAGAACAAAUUCAUCGCGACGGAUUUCACCCUGAAGACGUCGGACUGUCCCGACACGGAGUUCCCCGUCAGGAUCGUGAACAACGAGCGAGGCUGUCUGUGGUACAAGAAGGACAACAAGUUCAAGAUCCCCAAAGCUUAUAUCCGUUUCAACCUGAUCUCCCCGAUGAUCCAGAAGAGUCCUGAGAAUCUGGUUCUGUUCGACCUCUUCGUGAACAUCUUGGCUCAUAAUCUGGCCGAGCCGGCCUACGAGGCCGACGUGGCUCAGCUGGAGUACAAACUGGUGGCCGGAGAACACGGACUGGUGAUCAGACUGAAGGGCUUCAACCACAAGCUGCCGCUGCUGCUGAAGCUGAUCGUGGAUCAUCUGGCCGACUUCAGCGCCGAGCCGGGCGUCUUCAACAUGUUCGCUGAGCAGCUGAAGAAAACUUACUUCAACAUCCUCAUCAAACCAGAGAGACUGGGCAAGGACGUGCGUCUGCUGAUCCUGGAGCACUGCCGCUGGUCGGUCAUCCAGAAGUACCAGGCCGUCACCAAGGGGCUGACGGUCGAUGACCUCAUCAGCUUCGUCAGCGGGCUGAAGGCGGAGCUCUACGUGGAGGGGCUGGUGCAGGGCAACUUCACCAGCACGGAGUCCAGAGAGUUCCUGCAGUAUUUCAUCGAUAAGCUGCAGUUCCGUCCCCUGUCAGCAGAGGUCCCCGUCUUGUUCCGGGUGGUGGAGCUUCCUCACAAGUUUCAUCUCUGUAAAGUCAAAUCUCUCAACAAAGGAGACGCAAACUCUGAGGUCACCGUCUACUACCAGUCGGGGCUGAAGAACCUCAGAGAACACGCUCUGAUGGAGCUGAUGGUGAUGCACAUGGAGGAACCGUGCUUCGACUUCCUGAGGACCAAAGAGACUCUGGGGUACCAGGUGUAUCCGACCUGCAGGAACACCUCGGGGGUUCUGGGCUUCUCCGUCACCGUGGAAACGCAGGCCACCAAGUUCAGCACGGAGCUGGUGGAGGAGAAGAUCGAGGAGUUCCUGGAGAGCUUCGGGGAGCGUCUGGCGGCUCUGAGCGAGGAGGCGUUCAGGACGCAGGUGACGGCGCUCAUCAAGCUGAAGGAGUGUGAGGACGCUCACCUGGGGGAGGAGGUGGACCGCAACUGGUUCGAGGUGGUCACUCAGCAGUACGUCUUCAGGAGGCUCAACAAGGAGAUUGAGGCCCUGAAGCUGUUCUCCCAGGAGGAGCUGGUCUCCUGGUUCCUGGAGCACAGAAACACCAGCAGCAGGAAGCUCAGCGUCCACGUUGUGGGUUUCGGCGUGGAGGAGAACGACCCCGUGGAGGCGAGCGGCGCCUGCGGCCCCGACUGCCCCGACAACCCGCCCUGCUCGGCGUACGGCGAGGUGAGCGAGCUGACCUUCCUGCCGACGUCCUCGCCGUCGCUGCAGGACGCCGCGCUCAUCAGCGACAUCCGAGCGUUCACCUCCUCCCUCCCGCUGCACCCGUACCACAAGAUCCUCAGCUAGAGCGCCCUGAUGUCAUCAAUAAUAUCAAUAAAGUAACCAUGGAAACAGCUCGCACUGAAGUCUGGUGGACGAGGACUCUGAUAGGACGGACGCUUAACAGCGUUUUAGUUUUUGUUACGUGUGAGUGGUUGUAAAAAUGCUGCAUUCACAUCCCGUGAGAAAAAAGUGUAAAUCUGGGCCCGUAUUUAUGACGCAUCAGCUUUUAAAUUUGAAAUAUUAAACGCAUAAAAUAAUGUUUUAAUGUAGCAUAAAGGCUCAAAGUAACCACCGUACUGCAGGUUACAGCUUUUAUAAAUAUGCAAAAAUAUGAUGCUGAAAGUAUUAAACUCAAACUUUACACGUAGAAAAAAAAGUAAACAAUUUAAAAUUUAAAUCACGUUUUCCACGGCUGAUUAUACAGCGAAUUUAUUUUCUCAUUAUGCACCUAUGCACAUGUUAACUUGUUAGUUCUGAUCCAUAUUUUCUGUUUAUUAAUGUUAUGUUUUUGUAAAAUAACAAUGUGAACGUACAGUUUAUUUUUUAGUUAUUUUGAACAACUUAAUAAAUUAUUAAAUGAAGCUUUUCGUGAGUCUGAGCAGGAGAAACGGACCAAUCAGGAGUCAGUUACAGCUGUAGACGAUGACAUUUAAUUAACUAAUUAAAACCAAACUGAUCAGAAAUAUUAACACUUGAACAAACGUCAGUGUGAUCAGAACGAGCUGAAAUGAGAGAAAUAAUUAUUUGAGCUCUACUUGUGAGUUUUUAGACAUUAAUAUGGCCGUUUAAAACAAACCUCCUGUAAUAUUUACAGUCAUCUGGGUGGUUUUGUGGUUUUUUCUUUUGUUUUUACGCUACAACAAUGCAGCGAAACCAGCAAAAAAACUGAGAAAAGACUGAAAACAGCACAAGAUAUAAAGGCUUCGCAUAACUAACCUUAUAAUUAACUAUAAUAAAUAAUUAUUGUCCUUUUAUUCAGAGAAUCAUCAUCAUGACCAAUCAAUAUCCUGUUAAACAAACUGUUUUUUUGCAAAACCCAACAUACAAUCACUGCAGUUAUUUGUGUAGAACAAAAAAAAAACAAACAAAUGUUUAAAGCUGGAGAACGUGACUUUGUCUCCCCCUUCUGGCAGAGAGAGGAAUUACACAAACCUGGCAGCUGAGUGUUUUCUUUCACUUCUACAGUUGUGUGUUUUUUUAUUAUACGGAGCAUUGUUUCACUCCGGAAACUUAACGGAGUCCAAAAAAACCACAAAAAAAAGUGGCUUGAAUGUAGCGAAUGUUAAAAUAAAAGUCUCACACUCCAGCUUUAAGAGCAGAAUUUAAGUUUGGGUUUGCCCUGCUGCAGCCAGUGUAAAAAAACUAGAUUUAUUUAAGUCAGAGAGUCGAUCGGAAAAGCAAAUGAAAAGCAGAAAGUGACGGCUGUAAUCACCGUUUCAAAAAGAGAUGUUCCGAUACCAUUUUUUCAAAAAAAUGACUGUAUUAUGAUCAUUAUUAAGCAGCGAAAUCCACAUUUUUGACAACAGACGGGUUGGUCAUCCAGGAUAAUAAAUUCCAGGAUUUUGUCUGUUAUCUUGUUUGCUUUUACGCUUUCUCUGGGGAAUUUUUAUCAUCGCUGGAAGUAGUAACCAGUAAAUAGAUUACUAAUUUAAUAAAUGACGACGUAUCAGAUCGGUGCCUGGACUCCAGUACUCGCCGAUACCGAUGCAGCAUUUUCGGCAGAAUCAGAGCAAUUUCCCAUACUGGUAUCGGAAUCGGAACAACUCUAGUUUCAAACAUACAUUUUCCUUUUCGCCGUGAAAAUCACAAUCAGGUCGAUCAUAAUGAUUAUUAAAUAAUUACCGGAAAGUGUCUUUAAAAAGCUUUUAAUUAUCAAGAAGUCUGAUCUUUCUCCGUCUGAACACAGAGCACAGAUUAGAAUCAUUUUUCUAGUAAAAUAAUUGUAGCCCGGGUCCUAAAAUCAGGCCCAGACUCGUCUCGUUUCUUUUAUUAUUUGUUACUUUGAGACGCUGGAUAAAAACUGUCCCUGCUCAUAAAAACUACCCAAGAUGUUUGACUGCUUCAGAAUAAAGUUCGGCUCGGAUUCCCAACGAUUCUUGGGAAUAUUUACUUGCUGGCGAUAUGAUAAAAAUGUUCAUUGUUACUGUGAAAGAGCUGAUUCCGCUCAUGGCACCCUGUAAAAAAAUUAAAAAAAAGAAAAAUCCUUGUUGCUUUGAACUGUGAACUCAUUUGUACGAUUCUUCCCAGGGGACGUGAAUGCAGCGUGAUGACUCAGGGCUCUGGUUUAAAAUAAAACAGUCAGACCACAAAGAAGGGCAGAACUAUAAUUUAAUGUCUCUUCAGCCAGUAUCACUGAAUAAUAAAACAACAGCUACGUUUUAAUUUAUUACGUAUGGGUUUACAUAUAUACGUGUUCAUACUGUAAUAAUAAUGGUGAUGAUGUAUAUUGAAAGAACUAAGUGUAUAGAGUAAUAACAGUCUGUGGUGGCCAGUGAUGAAGGAACUGUGACGUGUUUUAACUGAAUGUUGGUGGAGCGGUUAGUGGACGCUGAUUACAUUUACAUUUCAUGACAAUUAAAACCACAUUAAUUAAAUGUUUCAGUUGUUUUUGUUGCAUUACUCUGUCUAUAAAUGAUAAUAAAACCAUUAAAAAACAA